AGGCGUUUCUGGGUGGCACGCUGGGGCCUGUAGUUUCUGAAGCGAUCGCGGUAGUGAGUGAGUUGCAUUGCGGGAAACGCAGCUGGCAGAAGAUAGUGGGCCAAAACCGGAGCAGAUUCAUUCCCUUCUCUUUUGGACGUAGUUCUGCUUGAGGAAGUUUGUCCUCGGCUGGUUCCGUAAACAGAGAAGACCUAGAGUGGAGAGGCUGAGGUGAUGGAUGUGACUCAGCCUAAACAGGAGCAUCUCUUGGCCCUGAAAGGUCCUGUUUUCUUCUGAUCUGCACAGCUCACGGCAAUGAAAGAUUCUUUAAAGUGAUAACAUCUCAUUAGUGGCGAGGCUCUUCCAAGGAACCUUUAAAAUAAGAACAUGUGGAUUCCUAUUGUACAAGCAUGGAGGUGGUUCUGCACUAUCGAGCAUGGGAAAAGGACCCCACAGUAUUGCAAAAAAUCACAGAAGAGGCACUGAAGGAAUUUCCUGUUCGGCAGCUGCCAAGCUUCAUUCCCUGGUUUCCAAACGACUGCAAACUUCCCCUCAAGCCUAAACAAAGGCCUCCAGUAAUUUCUGCUGAAGAAGCAGGGCAAGUACAACAACAUCUUGCAACUCCAGAAACUGUUUGCAGCUCUCCGUCUUAUGAUUGUACAGAAGGACUGCAGGAAUUUCAUCCCAAUACAAAAGCUGGGCAGUGUUUACAAGCAGAGUGUGGGGGAAAUAAUGUGAACAAUUUCAAAAAGCAAUCAGCAUGUGACAGGCAGAAGUUGAAGAGAUCUUGGAGUGUGUCUGUGCCCAACUCUAAGCUUAAAGACAAGAUUCUUCCUUUAUCUGAAGAAUUGCGAAGCUCUUUAGAAAAAUUAAAGCUCCAUGCAUUCUACAGAGGACAGUGGUUAAUUGAACCAUCCACUUUUAAUAAUCAAACACUGGAGGACAUUUGGAUAAAGCUGAAUAGGAUGAUCAAACACAAUGAACUGCCUUCUUGUAAUGCAACAAUCCAAAGAUUGAUGAGAUUAACCAAGCCUACUUUGUUCACCAAUAUCCCUGUGACGUGUGAAGAGAGAGAUUUGCCAGGAGAUCUAUUCAACCAGUUAAUGAAAGAUGAUCCUUCCACUGUAAAAGGAGCAGAGACAUUAAUGCUUGGGGAAAUGUUGACUUUGCCUCAGAACUUUGGAAAUAUAUUCUUAGGAGAGACAUUUUCCAGCUACAUAAGUGUACAUAAUGACAGUCAUCAAGUGGUAAAAGAUAUUUUGGUAAAGGCUGACCUACAGACAAGUUCACAGCGUUUAAACCUUUCAGCCUCCAGUUCUGCAGUAGCAGAACUCAAACAAGACUGUUGCAUCGAUGAUGUAAUUCACCAUGAAGUAAAAGAAAUAGGGACACACAUCUUAGUGUGUGCUGUAAGCUACACCACCCAGACAGGUGAGAAGAUGUACUUCAGAAAGUUCUUCAAAUUUCAGGUCCUCAAACCCCUAGAUGUGAAAACAAAAUUCUACAAUGCUGAGAGUGACCUCAGUUCUGUGACUGAUGAAGUCUUUUUGGAAGCUCAGAUUCAGAACAUCACAACUUCUCCAAUGUUUAUGGAGAAGGUGUCAUUGGAGCCUUCAAUGAUGUACAAUGUAGCAGAAUUAAAUGCUGUUGGCCAAGGUGGAGAAAGCUUGUCCACAUUUGGUACGAGGACAUACUUGCAGCCCAUGGAUACACGGCAGUAUUUAUACUGUCUGAAACCCAAGCAGGAGUUUGCAGAGAAAGCUGGAGUUAUUAAAGGCGUAACAGUUAUUGGGAAGCUAGACAUUGUAUGGAAGACAAACCUGGGCGAAAGGGGAAGGUUGCAAACCAGUCAGCUUCAAAGAAUGGCUCCAGGUUAUGGUGAUGUGAGGCUUUCACUGGAGACCAUACCAGACACAGUAAACCUGGAAGAACCUUUUGAAAUUACAUGUAAAAUAACAAAUUGCAGUGAAAGGACCAUGGAUCUGGUUUUGGAAAUGUGCAACACUAACUCCAUUCACUGGUGUGGAGUAUCUGGAAGGCAGCUGGGCAAACUUCACCCCACUUCCUCCCUUCAUCUGACACUUACGUUACUCUCAUCAGUACAGGGACUACAAAGCGUCUCUGGUUUGAGAUUGACAGACACCUUUUUGAAGAGAACGUAUGAAUAUGAUGAUAUUGCACAAGUCUGUGUGGUUUCUUCAAAAAUAAAAGAGAACUAAAAGAAAAUCCUCUUGUUUUAAUAUUUCCCGUUUUGAAAUAUUUGGACCAACUGUCUGGCAACAGAACCAUAAUUAAGCCAAACGGCAUCAAUCUGUAAUUAAGUAUUUCCUUAUUUAACUUCUCCUCUGGAAGUCAAUCUGGCAUCUCUGAAACGUUUUAAUCACUGUUACUUUGUAAAGAGCCAACCAUGUGUAUUUUAAUGUAUUUGGAAAUAAAGCCUUUAGUCAAACUA